AUGCAGAGCAUCGCUUGCACCAUCAGCGUGGAGUUACGAGCCAAGUUGCAGUCUGCUGAAUUUUGGGGGCUGCUUUUUGAUGGAUCUGAGGACAUCACAAAAACUGAGCAGGAAAUAGUUUACAUUGUGUCUGUGUCCAGCAACGGAGAGUUUAGCUCGGACUUUAUUGGACUGAUUGAAUUAGGUGCUGACCGAACCGCGCAGGCCAUAACAAACGGACUUGCGAGACUUUUCCAGGACACAGGCUUGGAUGACUGGACAACAAAGUUGGUCGCUGUGUGCACAGACGGGGCUGCUGUCAACGUCGGUAUCUACAACGGCGUUGUGCCGAAACUCCGACAACUUGUUGCGAUUGGAGACUCUCUCGUGCAUAUUCUGUGCACAGCACACACACUGGAGAACUGCGCUAAAACAGCUGAUCGCAACGUCCCAUACUGUGAGACAUUUAAUCGCUCGGUGAUCAAGCUACUGCAGUUUUAUUUACAAAAAGGAGGAGCAAAAAAAACGGCUGCGCUGAAGAAUCUGUGUGAAGAAAAUGGGAUCUCUUUUGUGAAACUGGAGCGUUUUCAGUGCUUUCUGUUGCACAUGCUUGACAUUGGCAACAUUUUGAAGACCACAUCCAUUAGGUUUCAGAAGGAAAAGCUGACCAUUGGAGAAUGUAAGGAUGAACUCAUGGUGGCCAUUGGACAGUUCACACUUCUGCUUGAUGUAUUUGACCCUUCAACAUGGCCUCAGGAAAUGAGAGACCUCCACAAUUUUGGAAACACAACAGUUUGCAGCAUUCUCAAGAAAUAUGACGCCAUCUUGCAACUUGACAAAGACACCACUGUGACAGAAUGGAUGCGCUUAAAGCAGGCAGGAAAACGCCUCAAAGCCUCUUCUGUGUAUGACUUAGUCCAAAUAGUCAAUACAAGUAACCCAGAUGCUUACUCCAACAUCAACAAGGUGGUUAAGCUGUCUCUUACACUGCCUUUAAGCAGUGCAGCUUGUGAGAGGGGAUUCUCACAUCUCAACAUAAUAAAAACCAAGUACAGAUCUCGUCUGUCACCUGCUCGUCUCUCAGCCCUGAUGCACAUUCACCUGUCAAAGCUGACCACAGAGACCUUUGACCCGAAGCCAGCUGUUGACCUGUGGAUGGAGACAGCUAAUCGGAGGCUCAACCAAGGACAGGCAGGUGCAUCUGCAGCAUCUUCAUCAUCUACCAUGCAGGAAACUGAAGCAGAGGACAGUGGGAACGACAAUGAAGAGGAUAGUGGUGGCGACACUGAGGAGGACAGACCCAGCGUUGUGUCUAUGAGGAGUGACUGGUCCAUGGGAGAGCCUCCCAUGUUCAGAAGUGCUCCACCACAGUCUGAUACAAAACAACAGACACAAAUUCCCGCCUCACCAGGACCCAGCGUUGUGUCUAUGAGGAGUGACUGGUCCAUGGGAGAGCCUCCCAUGUUCAGAAGUGCUCCACCACAGUCUGAUACAAAACAACAGACACAAAUUCCCGCCUCACCAGGACCCAGCGUUGUGUCUAUGAGGAGUGACUGGUCCAUGGGAGAGCCUCCCAUGUUCAGAAGUGCUCCACCACAGUCUGAUACAAAACAACAGACACAAAUUCCCGCCUCACCAGGACCCAGCGUUGUGUCUAUGAGGAGUGACUGGUCCAUGGGAGAGCCUCCCAUGUUCAGAAGUGCUCCACCACAGUCUGAUACAAAACAAGAGACACAAUUUCCCGCCUCACCAGGACCCAGCGUUGUGUCUAUGAGGAGUGACUGGUCCAUGGGAGAGCCUCCCAUGUUCAGAAGUGCUCCACCACAGUCUGAUACAAAACAACAGACACAAAUUCCCGCCUCACCAGGACCCAGCGUUGUGUCUAUGAGGAGUGACUGGUCCAUGGGAGAGCCUCCCAUGUUCAGAAGUGCUCCACCACAGUCUGAUACAAAACAACAGACACAAAUUCCCGCCUCACCAGGACCCAGCGUUGUGUCUAUGAGGAGUGACUGGUCCAUGGGAGAGCCUCCCAUGUUCAGAAGUGCUCCACAGUCUGAUACAAAACAAGAGACACAAUUUCCCGCCUCACCAGGACCCAGCGUUGUGUCUAUGAGGAGUGACUGGUCCAUGGGAGAGCCUCCCAUGUUCAGAAGUGCUCCACCACAGUCUGAUACAAAACAACAGACACAAAUUCCCGCCUCACCAGGACCCAGCGUUGUGUCUAUGAGGAGUGACUGGUCCAUGGGAGAGCCUCCCAUGUUCAGAAGUGCACCACAGUCUGAUACAAAACAACAGACACAAAUUCCCGCCUCACCAGGACCCAGCGUUGUGUCUAUGAGGAGUGACUGGUCCAUGGGAGAGCCUCCCAUGUUCAGAAGUGCUCCACCACAGUCUGAUACAAAGACCCCAGGAAGAAUAGCUGGUCUGACCGAGCUAAUGGGGAUCCAAAUAAAAAAAUCCAAAUCCAAGAGUGACUGGUCCAUGGGAGAGCCUCCCAUGUUCAGCAGUGCUCCACCACAGUCUGAUACAAAGCUGGGCGUCAGUAGACACGGAAACCAAUUUGGAGAUGAUAACUCCUCACAGUGCAGAAAGAGAUUAAGCACACAAUCCCUUGUAAGUGCUCCGAUCAAAAGGAUCAAGCAAUCAGGUGUAGGUGUCCUAAACAGUGCACAGAUAUCUCAUAAAUCCAAGAUGAAGAAGAAGUUUGGAAGCAUAUGUGAAGGCAUCAUAAGGUCAUCAGGGAUUCAAACACCCCUGAACAAGAUCUACACAGAUCUCUACAUCACAGAGGGAGAGAGUGAAGUGGUGAACAGUGAACAUGAGGUUUGUCAGGUAGAGUCAGCAUCCAGAACACAAACCAGCGAAGACACACCAAUUAACUGCAAUGACAUCUUCAAGCCCUUACAUGGACAACAGAGACGGAUCAGAAUUGUUAUGACUAAGGGGAUUGCUGGCAUUGGAAAAACAGUUUCAGUGCAGAAGUUCAUCCUUGACUGGGCAGAGGAGAAAACAAACCAGGAAGUAGACUUCAUGUUUGUGCUUCCAUUCCGUGAGCUGAAUGUGAUCAAGACACAACAAGUCCACACAAGUCUACACAGUCUCCUGCUUGAUUUCCACCCUGAGCUUGAGGAAUUACUAACUGAUGAAUUCAAAGACUGCCACAUUGUGUUCAUUUUUGAUGGUCUGGAUGAGAGUCGACUUCAACUGAAUUUCCUAGAGAACCAGCUUGUCUCUGAGGUGACACAAACAUCAUCAGUGGAUGUGCUAAUAACGAGUCUAAUUCAGGGAAAUCUGCUUCCCUCUGCUCUCAUCUGGAUAACUUCCCGACCAGCAGCAGCCAGUCAAAUCCCUUCUCAGUGCAUCAGUCAGGUGACAGAAGUGCGAGGGUUCAAUGACCCACAGCAGGAAGAGUAUUUCAGGAAGAGGAUCAGUGACCAGAAUCUUGCCAUCAGGAUAAUCUCACACAUCAAGUCAUCCAAAAGCCUCUACAUCAUGUGCCACAUGCCAGUCUUUUGUUGGAUCAUGGCCAUUGUACUUCAGCAGAUUCUGGAACAGGAUCAUAAGGAGGAAGUCCCCAAAACUCUGACUGAGAUGUUCAUUCACUUUCUGCUCAUCCAGACCACCAGGAAGAACCAAAAGUAUCAAGCAGAAUGUGAGCCCGAUAGACAGAAGCUCCUGGAAUCACAUAAGGAUGUUAUAUUGAAACUGGCAGAGCUGGCUUUCAAGCAUCUGGAGAAUGGUAAUCUGAUGUUCUACGAAGAAGACAUGAGUGAGUGUGGCAUUGAUGUCACUGAAGCUUCAGUGUACUCUGGCAUGUGCACUGAGAUUUUCAGGGAGGAAUCUGUGUUUCACCACACAAAGGUCUACUGCUUCGUGCAUCUGAGUGUCCAGGAGUUUCUAGCAGCUUUGUUUGUAUGGCAUUCUUUCAUGUCAUUAAAUAUGGAGGCACUGAAAUCAUUUCUCAGUAAGAAACAGAGAGAGAAGAAAGCUUUUCUUCCCUUACAUAUUCUGUUGAAGAGUGCUUUGGACAAAGCUUUGGAGAGCAAGAAUGGACACUUGGACCUUUUCCUCCGCUUCCUUCUAGGCAUCUCAGUGGAGUCCAAUCAGUUCCUUUUACAAGGCCUUCUGACAAACACACUCAGCAGCUCUGAACGCUCAGAGAGUAUCAAGAAAACAUGUCAAUACAUCAAGCUUCUCAAGAGAAAGGAUCUGUCUCCUGAAAGAUGCAUCAAUCUUUUACACUGCUUAUUUGAAAUGAAAGAUCUUUCUCGACAUGAAGAAGUUCAGAAGUAUCUGAUAUCUCCUGAUGGUGUCACAGGUGAAUUAUCACCUAUGGAAUGCACUGCACUGGCUCAUAUGAUUAUGAUGUCUGAUAAGGCUUUGGAUACGUUUGAACCGAAGAAAUACAAAACAUCAGAGGAGGGAAGAAGAAGACUGCUGCCAGUCGUGAGAUGUUGCAGAACAGCUGUACUUGCUGGGUGUGAUCUAACAGUGAAGUCCUACGAGAUUGUGGCCUCAGCUUUGCAGUCUGCAAACUCCCCCUUAACAGAACUGGACCUGAGUCAAAAUGACCUGCAUAUGUCAGGAGAAAAGCUGGUCUCCGGUCUUCAGAGUCCAAACUGUAAACUGGAGAAAUUGAGACUUGUUGACUGUAAACUGAGUGGAAGAUUGCUGGCCUCAGCUCUUCAGGGAAACAACUCCCAUCUAAGAGAGCUGGACAUCAGUAAGAGUGAGCUUCAGGACUGUGGAGAGGAACUACUCUAUCAACCAUUAAAUCAAGACUGUAAAGUGAGACUUUUCAGCCUUCAACUCAUGCGUAGAUCAUGUGAGGUGGUGGCCUCAGUUUUGCAGUCAUGUAUUUCUCAACUUUGUGAGUUGGACUUGACUGGCUGUGAUCUGAAAACAUCAGAAGAGAAGCUGGUCUGUAGUUUUACAAAGCCAAACUGCCAACUGGAGAAACUGAGGCUUGUUGGCUGUGGAGCGACUGAUAAGUCUGGUGAAAUUUUAGCCUUUGCUCUACAGUCUGCUGAGUCUCACUUCACAGAGCUGGACCUGAGUAACAUCACUCUGGGGGAUUGUGGAGGAAAACUCUGCUUGAAAGACCUGAAUCCAGACUGUAAAAUGGAGAAACUCAGUCUUGCUGAUUGUAAGAUGACCGAGAUUUCCUGUGAAGUUGUAGCCUCCGCUGUGCAGUACAUGAAGUCCCUAAGAGUGCUGGACCUAAGUAACAAUCACAUGAAUUCCACUGGAAUUCAGUCUCUGAAUGCAGGGAUAAAUCGGCCCGGCAGUGCACUGGAGAUAUUAAGACUUGUUGACUGUGGACUCACUGAGAAGUCUGGUGAUAUUUUAGAAGUUGCUCUGCAGUCAGUAAACUCCUUCAUCAGAGAGUUAGACCUGAGUGAAAAUAUUCUGGGGGAUUGUGGAGCACUGAAUCCACACUGUAAACUGGAGAUACUCAGACUUGCUGGUUGUAAACUAACAGAGAAAACCUGUGAGGUUGUAGCCUCUGCUAUGCAGUACAUGGUUUUCCUGAGAGUGCUGGACCUGAGUGACAAUCAUAUGAAUAUCACUGGAACUAAGUUUCUGACAGCAUGGAUGAGUCAGCCCACCUGUGCACUGCAAAAAUUAAGACUUGCUGGGUGUAACCUGACAGAGAAACCAUGCAAGAUUUUAGCCUCUGCUGUGAAAUCCUUGAUAGAGAUGGACCUGAGUGACAAUUAUUUUAGCAUUGCUGGAAUUCAGCUUCUGAAUAAAACAAUUAGUGACUCCAAAUGGAAACUGCAAAACUUAAGGUAUUGUCAUGGAGAAGACGGCAGAAUCAAACCAAACCUGAGAAAAUAUGUCUGUGAUCUCACAUUUGACUCAGAUACAGCAUUCAGACGUCUCUCUCUCUCUGAAAGUAACAGAAAGGUGACCCGUGUGGGGGAUGAGCAGCCAUAUCCUGACAUCCAUGAGAGAUUUGACUACUGGGAUCAGGUGCUGUGUAGAGAGGGACUGUCUGGGCACUCCUACUGGGAGGCUGAGUGGAGUGGUAAUGGGGCUGUAAUAGCAGUGGCAUGUAAAAGUAUGAAAAGGAAAGGGAAUAUUGCUGACAGCAUGUUUGGCUGUAAUAAUCAGUCCUGGUGUCUGACUUACAAAGAUGAAAAAUACAUUGCCUGGCACAAUAACAAUGACACUCCAAUAUCUGCCCCCUCCCCACACUCCAGUAGAGUAGGAGUGUACUUAGACUGGCAGGCUGGCACUCUGUCCUUCUACAGUGUCUCCUCUGACAAACUCACCCACCUCCACACGUUCCACUCCAAAUUCACUGAGCCCCUCUAUCCAGGGUUUAGGAUUUGGGAUUAUAAUUCCACUGUGUUCUUGUGUCCGAUAUCAUGAGCUCCGAAACCUACAGGAACCCCAGUCUGCAAAACUGUCACACAAGUAGAAAUGUUCAGGAGAAAAGUGUUCCAAUUAGCAUCUGAUUUAAAAUUAUUUUCAGUUUAACUUAAAAUGUUUCAUGCUCUCCUUCAGUUAUAUUUAUAACUUUACUUUUGCAGUCAAGUUCACCAGACACUAACCACUGGGAACCAAGAUACCAUAGUCGUUACUGUUGGUCCUGCUAAGUGCAGCUCACUGCUAGGCAGCUUGCAGGCAACGAAGUGUUACAGUCACAGUGAAAAUCCAGUCAAGGACAAUGCCGGAAUGUGGUACAUGCGGCUUAGACCUGUUUUAUUAUUUUAAAGCCAAUUGCUGUGAUUCCCAUUCUCCAAGCUGUGCAAUGACCAGAUACAAUGAUUAUUUAGAUUUUUGACCAUGGGAAUGCCUGCCUCAUGAGCCAUGAAGUUUUGAUGUUGAUUAUUUGUGAAAAACGCUGGAAAUGUGGGAUGUUGGUGUUCUAUUUUACCUUACAACUUCACUAGAAUUAAGCAUUAUAGAGCAUUGUAUGUGGUACCACAUGAAAGCUGAUAAAAGUUCCUUCAGUCCAGGGUUUGCAAAUAACAAACCAUCUUCAACUCAAUGCGGCCAAGUCCAAAGAACUGAUGGUGGACUUCCUUAGGAAGGGUCAUCCCCCUUCAGCACCAGUGAGCGUUCAGGGAAAUUCAGAGAGAGUGACAUCUUACAGUAUAAGUCAGGGGUGUGAUUCUUCCGUUUUUAAACGUAAUUCCGUUUUUUCAGGCCUGAAAAUGAGACCCACGCAAUUCGUAUAGAUCCGCUGAGGUUUUUUUUA